AUGGCUUCACAGGAACCAUUGCUCUUGGAGAAUGGCAACCUCAAAGGGUUGAGCAAGGAGAAUCGACAUGGCAAAACUGCCCACAACAUGUCGUCUUCUUCGUUGAGGAAGACGUCUGAUCUCACGCUUGUAUCCAAAGUUCCUUGUAAUUUCCUUAGAAAAUCGCUUGCUAAUCUUCAAUAUGUCUUUUUGGGGACGAAACUUUCAGUUCUCUUUCCGGCUAUACCAGUAACCAUUAUCGCUCGCUGUUAUGGCUUUGAAAGACCCUGGGUUUUCGGGUUGAGCUUAUUGGGACUUACUCCUUUAGCCGAACGUGUUAGCUUUCUGACAGAGAAAAUUGCUUACUACUCUGGUCCAACAGUGGGAGGACUCCUUAAUGCAACUUGUGGGAAUUCUACGGAGCUCAUCAUAGCAAUCUUUGCUCUAGCUGAACAUAAAAUAGAUGUGGUGAAGUGUUCUCUUUUAGGUUCCAUUCUUUCGAAUCUCCUUCUGGUUCUUGGUACCUCUCUCUUCUGUGGAGGCAUUGCCAACCUCAAAAAGGAACAAAAAUAUGAUAGGAGACAAGCUGAUGUGAACACACAGCUGCUAUUGCUGGCGUUAUUGUGCCACAUGCUACCGCUUUUGUUCAGAUAUGCCGGUGCCUCAGCUGCUCUCACGGCGGACCCAACACUGCAGUUGUCGAGAGCCGCCAGUAUUGUAAUGUUGAUUGCGUAUCUUGUCUACAUUAUUUUCCAAUUGUGGACACACAGAGAAUUGUUUGAAGCUCAGGAGGACUCGGAAGUUGAUGACGAUGUGAGCUCAGAAGAAGUGCCUGUGAUAGGGUUUUGGAGUGGAUUUGCCUGGCUGAUUGGGAUGACUUCUUUCAUUGCUCUAUUGUCCGAAUACGUUGUGGGCACCAUUGAGGAUGCUUCAGAAUCUUGGGGAAUUUCUGUCAGCUUCAUUAGCAUCAUCUUGCUACCAACCGUUGGAAAUGCAGCUGAGCAUGCUGGAGCCGUCAUAUUUGCCUUUAAAAACAAGUUGGAUAUAACCUUAGGUGUUGCUUUGGGUUCUGCAACUCAGAUUGCUUUGUUUGUGGUUCCAUUGUGUGUGGUUGUUGCUUGGAUGAUGGGGAUUAAGAUGGAUCUUAACUUUAAUCUCCUUGAGAAAUUUGGCUUGAAGAGUCGACCAUGCAAUUGGUGGUGGUGGUGGGAAAUGGUAAAUGGAGGCUUGAGUUUUGUAAAGGAGGUGAUGGGGAUUAUGUGGGUGGUCUCAGAAGUGAUUUUAAAUGUCGAGAUCGAUCGAAAAACGGCAAAAAUCGUUUGCGGUGACAUCUCGUUAACUCCUUUAAAUUAA